GAAUGUACAAAAUACUUUGAACAUACUUUUGAGUGUGGUUGAGGUGCUGGGAAAAUCAAGCAAUAAAUAAUAAAUAUUUUAAAAUUACAUAUUUCCCAGCCGCCAUAAAACACCACAUGUGAACAAUUUGGUGAUCUUGUGCGCUGACGCAUACGAUAAUGUGUGAGGUAAUAAAGGUUAUGACCCACACGCACAGAUAUCGAUGCGCUCAGUAGAUAUACAAGACCACUGAAAUUAAAUGACAAGCAGUUAAGUUAGAUUAGUUUCAGUAGUACUUAAGGAACAUACUUUUAAAUAAAAACCAGAAUUGAAACUACAUCCCAAUAAUAAUGUUGUUCUUUCUUUCCGAAUCCAGAACAGAGUUGACAAUCGAAGUGGGAGAUUGGACCCUUUUCUCAUUUUUUACAGUCAUUUAUAAAAAAAAAAAAACUUAAAGAUUGUAACUAUAGCUCACCGAAUCCCUACUAAGAAAGAGACGCACAAGACGUUAAAAGAAGUGAGUGACAGUUUGGCGAAGCUCACAACUAGAACGAAAAAACUGUCUGGGGCCCAACGGCGAAAGCUCAAAAGGCAACAAAACAGCAAAAACCCAAAUUGAAUAAAGACCAUUUGGAAGCAUAAGAGGAAAUGGUCAACAACAAAAUUUUGGAUAACAUCAUGGAAGGUGGAGAUCCAAUCCCUAUCGUGAUCAGCGGCAUGAAGAAUAAUAACAUGUUCUUCACGCUUGCUGCGCAUGCCAACACUGCCGCCCUAAAGGGGGAUUAUCGAGAAGAUAAAACCCCCGUGGGAAAACGGCAGCCAAGGGAACGGACUUGGAAUAAUUAGCGGGGAAAGCAGACCCUGUUGAGCUUGACUCUAAAACGACGGUAUAAGUCAGAGGAUUUGGCAGCAAAUUCGAGACGGAACGUCUCACAGGGAGGAGAAGGAGGAUGACAAUCUCCUUGUGAUUGGAGUUGACGAUCUCUCCAUGGCCAGUCAGACAAAGACUAAGGACAUUGCAUUCUAUGUCUCGAACGCUGUCAGGUUCAAGAAUAACAAGGUGAGGAUCGGAGACGAGGAUAAAAAGUGUAACAGCGAGGAUGAGAAAGAAGACCCCCAAGCAACACAGAACAGGGAGUCAGUGACAAAAUUACCGACUCUCAAGAAGCCCGUUUACUGGAGAACCAAUGAUAGAGGUCAUCCAGAUCAACCUUCAUCGGAUCGAGACCGCAACUAUAGCUCUGAUGAAACUAAUAAAUACAGAGUUGUCAACAUCGGACACAACAGUACUGAGGCAGGGGAAUGGAAACAUAUACCUAGCGUCAGUAUACCUACCGUUCGACGCGCCGACAUAACCACAUACGUUGGAACUUCAGCGGCUGGUGAGAAAAACAAAAUAAACAGGUAACGAAGUUCUAGUAGGUAGCGAUGCUAACACUCACAACAUUGCGUGGGGUAAUACUAACACUAAUAAAAGGGGCCAGUCUCUACUAGAUUAUCUAAAUACUAACGACCUAAUAAUUCUUAACAUUGAGAAUA